ACUAAUCCAUUACCUGAUCAUGAUUAAUCACCAGACCAAAUGUGCCUGGUCAAUUAGGGGACAGAAUUUCAUAACUGAGUGCUUUAGGGGAAGAAGAAGCGAAACACCGUGUCAGUAUCUGAGUUUUUUCUUCAAACUCAAACCCUAACAAACAAAAACCAUGUAUCGUUUUUUCUCUUCCAUUCGCCAUGGCCGUGGAUCUUCCCUCGCAUCUCUUCUCGCGCCGAAACCUGCACUUCCAUUCAACGCCGCUCUACGACCUCGCCGUUUACCUCAAAACGACGGGCAUGUUAGAGGAUUUUCUAGCUCGAAUUUAGAUUGGAGGAGGCUUAUUGUGAACCAGAAUGUGAAUGCAGAUGCAAAUGCUCAUCCAGAUUCUAUGCAGGAUAUAGAGAAAAGAAACUCCGAAAAGUGGAAUAAUAUGAGACAGAAUAUGAAUCCAGAUGCAAAUGCUCCUCCAAAUUUUGUGCAGAAUAGAGGGAACAUAAACUCCAGAAGCUGGAAUAAUAUGCGACAGAAUGUAAAUGCUCCUCCAAAUUUUAUGGGGAAUAGAGACAACAUAAACUCCAGAAGCCAGAAUAAUAUGGACCAGAAUGUGGAUGCAAAUGCAGAUGCUCUUCCAGAUUUUAUGCAAGAUAAAGAGAACAUAAACAUCGGAAACAAGAAUUAUGCUGAGACUGGCUGGAACUCUAGGCCUAUGGACUUUGUAAGAGGAAUUAUAGAUGAAGAUAAUUUUGGGAGGGGUUCUCCAUAUCAUCAGUAUCAAUAUGAGCAGGAUGCUGAUUUUGUUCAUAUAAAGAUGUUGCGUAAUAAUACCUUUGUUACUGUAACAGAUUCUAAAGGAAAUAUAAAACUCAGUGGCUCUGCCGGUCCAUUGAAAGACCUGAAAUCAGGGCAAAAGCUUUCUAGGUAUGCUGCCGAGGCAACCGCGGAAGUUGUUGGCCGAAAGGCUAGGGGCUUGGGAUUGAAAUCUGUUGUCAUGAAAGUGAAUGGAUUUACACAUUUUAGGAGAAAAAGGAAUGCAAUAAUGAGCUGGAAGGAGGGCUUUACUGCUGGUUCUAGAGGGGAUAGAAAUCCAAUUGUAUACAUUGAAGAUACCACUAGAAAACCCCAUAAUGGCUGCAGACUCCCAAAGAAACGACGAAUUUAGGUGUUAUGAUACUGAGGUGGUUGAAGAAAGCAUUAUUUAACUUGGAUGAAGAAACAAUUUAGGUGCUUUUUUUAGGCACAUGAUGAUAUUUUUAUUUAGCACAUUUCAUUAUGCUUCUAGUUGUUACUACUUGUAGACUGUCCGUUUGCUGCCUCUUUACAGUUGUACAAUUUCAAAGAUUCAAUAACCAGAAUUUUCUGUAACAGUAUGUACUGAAUCACUAUUCUCAAUUGAAUGGGGCUCAUACUUUUUGAUCUUGUGUUA